CAAACUCUUAGUUGUGUGAGAGAGAAAUAACAAUUUAAGUGACACCACCAUACCAUACCAUACCAUUACCAUCCCUCUAUGAUCUUAUACCAUUAAAGUCCCUUGCUUUCUUUCUGUCCCUCUCAUAUUUUCACCAUUCUUUUUAAGAUUUUGAAGUUUCAGAUUGUGUGUGUCAAAUAAUCAUCAAAGUUUUAUAUGAAACAAUGAAGUCUGAAGAGAAUAAAAGUAGCACGUUUCUAGAUGAUGGACAUGAUUCAAGUUCAACACAAAGUGAAGAAGUUGCCAUCCCAAUUCACAAGAUCGAAGACGAGAUUUCUACUGUAAAAACAGGAACACCAAAUGGGAAGAAUUGGAAAAAACAAAAUCUAUUUUUGGAGAUACCAUCACGAACGUCACAAGCUUCUUCAUCUCAAGAAAAUGUUCAAAUCAAGAUUGCCCCAACAGCGAUGCCAACUCCUAAAAAAGUAAAUUUUAAUCUGACGCCGAGUCCCUCAGACAAUAGAGCAAAUGCAUCUUCUGCUACUAACGCAUCAAAAUCCAAAUCAUCAUCAAAGAAAAGUUUACUACCAAAGUUUAUGAACAGGAAUACGGUUCCAGAUACAGAAAAAACUGAUAGUAAUGUAAUUCCUGCAGCUUCAUCUUCUGUAGCUCAGGAAAAGCCAUCAAUCCCGAGAUCGUGGUCACUUACAAAGAUCUUUACCCCUCAGAGGACAUCUUCUCUACCCGUUACCCCUAUGGCACUGUCAGAUCAAGAAUCCAUACUGGGAAACUCGGGCGGUUCAGUUAAUUUGGAGACAAAAGCCCAGGGGCAUAUAGCUCGAUCACGGUCAGUCCCAGUCCUCAACGAAAAUAUUAGUAUCAAAAGAAUGGAUUCUUUCUUCCGAGUGAUUCCAUCUACUCCAAGAGUGAAAGAUAUUGAUGCCAUCCCCCCAACCCCAUCUCCAACUCGUGACAAGGAUAACAAAGAAGGGAGUGGUGAAGAUAUAGCUGAAGAAGAAGCUGUUUGUAGGAUAUGUUUGGUUGAAUUAUGUGAAGGAGGGGAAACCCUAAAAAUGGAAUGCAGCUGCAAAGGCGAACUUGCGUUAGCUCACAAAGAUUGUGCUGUAAAAUGGUUUAGCAUCAAAGGUAACAAGACUUGUGACGUUUGCCAUCAAGACGUCCAGAACUUACCGGUCACACUUUUAAGGAUACAGAGUACUGUCAGAAAUCGGAGCACUGCUGGUGUAAGUAGAUCACAGAUGGAAAUAAACGCAUACGGUGAUGUCUACAGGGUAUGGCAAGAAGUACCAAUUCUUGUUAUUGUUAGCAUGUUGGCCUACUUCUGUUUUAUUGAGCAACUUCUGGUUGCAAACAUGGGCACGAGUGCAAUUGCACUAUCUCUUCCAUUUUCGUGUGUUUUAGGUCUUCUUUCAUCCAUGACUUCUUCAACUAUGGUGAGAAGAAGAUUUGUCUGGUUAUAUGCAUCAGUUCAGUUUGCUUUUGUUGUUAUCUUUGCACAUAUUUUCUAUUCCGUGGUUAAUGUUCAACCAGUUUUGUCAAUUCUUCUAGCAACAUUUGCAGGAUGCGGGGUUGCAAUGAGUGGUAGCUCAAUUAUUGUUGAGAUUGUGAGAUUAAAACGACGAUGGUGGCACGAUCCAUCAGAUCAGCAAAUAAACUCCCAGAUUGUUUUGCGCCCGGAACCAAGACGCAACGAGACUGCAUCAACAUCUCAUGUUGUUCCUUCACAUGAUAUCGAAACUGGGAAUCCAGAAGUUCACAGAGGAAGCUGAAUUCAAUAUUAAGCGGCUCUAAGGAUAAGACUAUGAUACGAUCUAGCCAAUGUUAGGAAGUGGUGACCAUGCUGUUUUAUCAGUUGAAAUAUAUGGUGUUGUGCCAAAAAUUUUAAAUCAGUAUAUUGAGAAAACAAUAUCUGAAAGCUUUGAUUAAUCGAUGUAUUGCAUUUGUUACCAGAAAA